UUUUUUGAUUAACCUACGAUUCCUUCAUCUAUAUAUACAUGAACCUCAAAUCCAUUUAUUUGUAAGCCACAACUUACAAGUCAAUUUCAUCAUACACACAAAUCAAGUCCCAACCAAUUCAGAAUCUAUUCAAAACUGCUUUGUCCAAAGCCCUGUAUACUGAUACAGUGAUACAUAUCAUGGAGAUACAGUUACAGUUUGAUGAUGAUACUUUCUACGCUGAGAUUAGAAAGCAGAUUCUGUUGUUGACAUCUGAAGAUAACGAAGACUUGGCGGAAACAAGACUUUUCGGUUCGGUUGGUGUUGCCAAGGGCGGUUCAACCAGAUCAGUUUAUUACAAGAGUGACUCGCAAAGACCAAGUAAUUUUUGCUCAUGGGAGACAGGAAGCACUGCUGGUUCACCCCCUGAGUGGGUAGUGAACCUGUGGAAGAGUCGGAAAGGGACCGGGGUCUUCAUUCCCCAAGCUGUUGCGUACAGCAAAAACCCAAGACAAGGGACAAUGAAUAGCAGAAGACGAGUUUAUGGAUCAGUGAUGAAUAAGGACAGAAGAAUCUAGACUCUUUCGAGUUUCAUGUUGAGGAUUACAGCUUGCUAACAAAUAAAAG